UGUUUCUCCAUCCCCCUUGGGCCCUUGAUAGACUGAGGACUUCCCAGAUGAAGUUUCACUUGCAACCUGGGAAUUCUUUCUUCUCACAAAUUUCCAACCGAACCAAGGUUGAAACUGCGCUGGCAUUAGCAUGCCGCAGUACGCUCGUUCAUGUUGCUGAUUGAUCAAGAAUUGAUCUGGCUCAAGCUGUACACAGCUAUCCCUUCCUUUCAAUGCAAUUGACGUCUAUAAUCAUCCUGCCACCGUUCCCUGCAUCAUGCUCCUGAUAAAGAAAAGAUAUGCUUUACCGACCUUCAUUCUUACAUUUCUUAUCUAUCUCGUUUUUACUACUCUACCGCCAGGCGCGGAGAAAACUUACAUUGAACAUUACUCACAACCAGCCCACGACAUAACCGAGAUCGCCAAAGACAACCGUAUCCACUGGACUAAGCACGCCGAGCAGUAUCCGAUUGCCGAUUAUAUCUCUCUGCCAACUGCCUCUCCAGCUCCGAUUCCCAAGAUCCAAUACGACUUCCCCGCCGAAUCAUGGUUUGCUCGUAUAUGGCGGAAGAGGAAGCAGGGCGCGGUGAAGGAGGCUUUCAAGCAUGCGUGGAAGGGCUACAAAAGCAAUGCCUGGUUGCGGGAUGAACUGUCGCCUUUAAGCGGUGGAUACAGAACUUCCUUUGCUGGCUGGGCAGCCACACUGGUGGAUGCCCUGGAUACAUUGAUAAUCAUGGAUCUUACAGACGAAUUCGAGGAGGCGCUGGAAGCACUCGAGCAUAUUGAUUUUUCAACCACCGAUUCAAUCCAGAUCAACGUGUUUGAGACAAAUAUCAGAUACCUCGGAGGUCUUCUUGGUGCACACGACCUUACAGAGGGCAGAUAUCCUAUUCUUCUGAAGAAGGCGACUGAGAUAGCCGAUUUUCUCUACGGGUCGUUUGAUACGAGGAAUAGGAUGCCUCAGUCUCGGUGGGAGUGGACAAGAUCCGCAUCGGGCCAGACCAUUCAUCCUAGUGGGAACACUAUUCUCGCGGAGCUGGGUUCUCUGAACCUGGAAUUCACCCGGAUGUCCCAGUUGACGGGAGACCAGAAGUACUUUGACGCGAUUCAACGGAUCUCAGACCACUUAGAAUCAGCUCAGAAAGAAACCCUGGUGCCCGGUUUAUGGCCAAUGAUGGUUGACGCCGAGAGCAUGCGGUUUUCCGAUCCUCGGUACACAAUUGGUGGUAUGGCGGAUUCCGCAUAUGAAUACCUCCCUAAAGAGCAUAUGCUUCUUGAGGGUCGGACGCAACAGUAUCAACGAAUGUACGAAUCCGCAAUUCCAGCGAUCAAGGAGAGGAUGCUGUUCCGCCCGAUGACCAAGGGUGGAGAAGAUAUCCUAUUUUCAGGUAACAUUUACGCUGGUACAAAGGCCAGUCGGAAAAAGGUAGAGGCACAGGCGGAACACCUCAAGUGUUAUCUUGGGGGCACGAUUGGCAUCGGGGCCAAAGUGUUCAAUCGGCCUGAAGAGCUGUCAAUCGCUCGCAAGCUAACCGACGGCUGCAUCUGGGCGUACGAUAUCAUGCCCUCUGGGAUCAUGCCAGAAGUCAUGUAUCUCAGCCCUUGCGACGACUUGGAAAACUGUCCAUGGGACGAGCAAAAGUGGUAUCGAGACGUGCGCGCGCGGCCACCGCCUCAUGCGAACAUUGCGGAUACUGAGGAAGCGGCGAAAUUGCUUAUCGAGAAAUUCGACCUGGUCCCAGGUGUCGCCGAAAUCGCCGAUGCACGCUAUAUGUUGCGGCCGGAAGCAAUCGAGUCCGUAUUUAUCAUGUACCGCAUCACGGGCGACAAGAAAUAUCAGGAUGCUGCGUGGCGGAUGUUCAACAGCAUUGAGAAGGCCACUCGGACUAAGUAUGCCCAUGCAGCCAUCAAUGAUGUGCGAGAGGAAAAGCCGAAACAAUUGGACUAUAUGGAGAGCUUCUGGCUGGCAGAAACCCUGAAGUACUUCUACCUUAUAUUCUCCGAGCCGGAGCUCAUUAGUCUUGAUGAUUAUGUGCUAAAUACGGAGGCACACCCAUUCAAGCGUCCAUCGUAG